UGAGUUGUCACAGUAAGCUUAAUGUAAUCAUCAUAUGGGCUAGUCCUAGGAAAAAUAAAACAUGGUUAUGGUGCUUGGCCUUGAAAAACAGCCUCAGAUGACAGAGGGGAGCCCCAGGUCUUGAUUAAUUGCUAACUUCAUCGAAGCCCACUAUACUUAGGACUUACUGACAUUUUUUUGCGUCAUUAAAGAUUUUAGGUGUAAAGUGUAAUUGACUACAAUAUAUUUCUGUCGUUACAGAAUAUUCUAAUUCCUGUCCACAACCCCAGAGCCUGUUCUCAGGCUGCCUGAUUGGCUGAAUGAUGACAAACCGGAAUCAGAUGACGGAGAGGAUCCUGGAUCUGACGCUGGAGGUCAACUUUCUGCUGACUGGAGAGGUGAGGGAUUCUGGGAAUGUGACCAAUUACUUUUAUUAAAAAAAAUGUAUAAUGGAACUGUAGUUUGCUCGGGACAACUACAUUCAAAAUAACGAAGCAAGACUGAGAAAAGACAAAAUCAGGUUUCUACAAAUACAGAAACCUUUCUACCUUUACUAUCAUACAUCCCAAGCGCUAUUUAACUCCAUCCCUUAAUUCUGUUUUUGAUUUUGAUCUUUGAUUUCCUAACAACACUUUAGUACAGCAUUUCCCAAUUGGUAUUCCGCGGAACCAUAAGGUUCCGCAAGAACAAAAUUGGGGUUCCGUGGCGAUUUGCCCAUCGGGUGGACCAAGCAUAUAGUGGUGAUUGCGAUUGGAUCCCUGUAGUAUUGGAUGCUGGGAGGAAGUGAUGUCACUUCCUCCCAGACAGAGCACGCCACCGGGAGGUAGAGAGGGAGCAGCAGGGACUGAACAGCACACCAACCUCAGCCAGCAGCACUGAAAACCCUCCUGCAGAAAAAAGGUAAGUGAACAGCAAAUUUAAACAUGUGUGUAUCUGCCAAUGUGUGUGAAUCUGUGUAUGUGUGUGUGCCUGUAUCAGUGUGUGUAAAUCUGUGUGCCAAUGUGUGUUAGUGGCUGUGUGUUAGUGGCUGUGUGUACCUGUCAGUAUAUGUGUGGCGGAACCAACCUCGCCACUAUGCACUGGAGAAGCCUGGUUGCCCGCCUGCUGCCUUUAGACUAUGGCCCCAUGUUGAAACGCUUGAUUUUCCCCUGCGAAGACACGAAAGCCGGGUCAUUCGGUGCUUGCCCUGUUUGAGCAGUGAUACCCCAGAUAGCUAUGCCAUGGAGCCCAUUCGUAUAAUGAAAUACUAUGGGAAAGACUUUGGCUCCAUGGCAAUUGAACUGUAUGUGUGUGCUCCGAGCGCCAUUCAGUAAUAAUGUGCGCUCAGAUCUGAGCUAUCUGGGGAUAUGUUGAAUGUACCUGUUUUGGCAAUGGCUGCACAGUUAUAUAUUUGUAUGUGUUUUAUUGUCUUUUGCUGCCAUGUGUUCAAUGGAGUUUUGCCUCUGUCCUUGGAGAUAAUUGGAUUACUUCCCAAUUAUCUCCAGGGUAGAAGACUCUGUGUAACUGGUUUUGGGCAAAAAAGCCAUGCUUCAUUUGGUUACAAAGGACUACGAUCUAUCUUUUGAACCACUUGACCAAUUUGUAUGAUUUUGACAUAUGUUUGUAUUUGGAGUAUGCUGAUUCUGAAAAUGUAAGUUUUAUGUGAAUGAUGCAUACUUUUAAACUUAUGAAUAAUGUGGAAAAACGGUAUUUCUCUGUUUGUGAUAAUUACAUUACCCAUUGUGUAAGGUAAUUGUAUCACAGGCAGAGGGGAGGAUUUUGUGUGGGAGUUUCUUUCUGUAAUGUACGUGUGUUAUUGGUUGUUCUGUAAAACCCUGUGGUCAGUACUAAAUUUGUGGAUUGAGAAUAAAAGAGGCUGUAUGUGCCAGUCCAGUCAGUUCUGCUUGACCUCAAAACGAAGUGUCGUCUCGUUAUUGGGGGAAUUGGAUUUAUGCUGAUUGCCAGGAGUGUAAGCUGAUUGUAUGCUUUUCCUGUUCAGCUGCUUACAGCAUUCAUAUGCUUGAGAGCAUUCAUAUGCUUCUCCGGUUCGGUGGUUGUGGUGUCUGCUGCAGUGCUUGGAGUCCUCAGGAAGCGCUAGGAGCCUACUUCAACGGAGGUACCCAGUCGGGGUGCCAGGUGAUCCGUUACACCCUUCUUUACUAAAUAACCAUGUCAGUGAGGGCUAACUCUUUUAACAGAAUACUUUAAAUUUCACGAAGUGAAACACUAAAUAAAUGUUAAUUCUUAUUUGUAGUGUGUCUUUAUCUAACUCCAUUGAUGCCCAUUAACCUCCAUUCAUUAUGUAGGAUUAUAUUGUUGUAAAGAGGCCUGCUGAUUCCAUACUACAGAGUAACAGCCCCUGUGUGUCUGAUGGAUCGAACAGAACCCCGAACACCAGCACGGUGCCUCCCCCUCACUCACUGAUACAUGAUGGAAACAAUGAGCAGAAGGUCCUGAAACUGACCAAUCAGAUCAUCCACCUGCUGACUGGAGAGGUGAGGCUGCUGGGAAUGGGACAUCAUAGAGUAAAACCAAGGGAUGUGUCUGGAUGGUGACUGUAUCCUAGUGUGUGUCAGGUUCCUGUUGGCUGUGAGGAUGUCAACACGCUGUGGAAUAAGUUGCCACUGUAUAAAUGCUAAUAAUAACCAAAAACUGUCUGCUUUUCUUGUAGGUGUGGGAAUACUUUGAAAAACACAAGGAACCGUACAUAGACAUGGUGGUGCAGACUCCCCAACCUCUCAGCUCACCGGGUAAGUGAAGGUUUAGCAGAGAGAGAAUGUGUGCAUGCAUGUGUGUAGCAUUGAAACGAUAAGAAAUUAGUUAGCAAGAUAAAUUUGCCAAUGUACAUUCACAGACAAAACCAUGCAAUAAAAAUACAACUUUGUGAUUUCAGUAAAUUACUUGAACUUUCUUCCAGGGAGGUUAAACAUAUGCUCCACCUCUGAUUACUCCGAUCUUUCUAGAGACACAGUAGAGCCCUUGUUUAACUAAAUGGAAAACCCAUCAUUUUACAUUUAACUUUGGGGGACAAAGCCUUUCAAUAUUUCAAAUGUUUGUCUUUGAUACAAAGAAUGAAUGGGGCCUCCACUAAAUUCUUUACAAAGCUUUGGGCUGCUAAAUGUUUGCUUGCUUGUGUGUGUAUGGCCUGUCACCUCACUCUCGCCUUUCUCCUAUUGUUUAAUGUUCUUAAUUUCUGAUUUCUUUUUAAAACCCAAGACAAAGUAGGGACUACUUCCUGUCAAAUCUGGACAAAGCGUGGAAUUUAAAGCAAGCUCCAUGUUCCUGGCCAUCUUGUCACUGUAACAAAGGAAGUGUAGCUUGCCUUAAACUCCACCCUUUGAGAACAUUUGUCAGACGUAGGAAAAAUAGGUAAAGGAAAGUAGUCCCUACUUCGUUUUAAAAAGAAAAGACAGAAAUGAAGCAAAGAAGCACAUAUUCUGAAAGUGGAAGAGAACAAUAUGAGAAAGGUAUUUUGGAGAGCCACUUUGAAGGGGCACUAUAAUCACCAGAACAACUACAGAUUAUUGAAUUUGUUCUGGUGAGUAGAAUCAUUACCUUCAGGCUUUUUUGCAGUAAACAUGGUCUUUUCAGAGAAACGCAUUGUUUACAUUACAGUCUAUAACUUCACUGGCCACUCCUUGGAUGACUACUAGAGGUGCUUCUUGGGGCAGUGCUGCACAGUGUGCAGUACUGCCAUACAGUGUCUCCACCUUCUGCAUGGUUCCACUGAACAUUCCUCAUAGAGAUAAAUUGAUUCAAUGCAUCUCUAUGAGGAGAUGCUGAGUGGCCAAGGCUGUGUUUGGCUAGUGCUGGCUCUGUCCCUGAUCUGCCUCCAAUUGGGAAGCAUUGUGAUUGGCUGAGCCAAGCAGGCAGAUCAGAGGCAGUGGCAGCAGCAGCAGACUGGCAUAAAAGUAUGAUUUUUACUUUAUUUAGGGAUGCCAGGGGAGCUAGAUGAUGGCUUUAACACUAUAGGGUCAGAAAUACAUGUUUGUGUUCCUUUAAUAAAACGUGGGAGGACCAAAUGUUCAAUAAGACAUUAUAAAAACAGAAAUAUAAUAGUAAAAAAAGGUUGGAGUAACCCUUUAAUUGGUAUGAUAGGAUGGAUAAAGUAACUCUUCCAGAUUAUUGCUAUAAAUAAAGGAAGGGGGUACAUAGUAUGACCCCUCGGAAGUGUGCACACACCCUCAAAACACCCCCUACUCAGUGUGCAGUGUGUCCUUCUAAAAUCAUCCUGCAUUAUUUAACUGGAACAUGAGCUUUAACAGGCAUAUUUACUAAAGAAUGAACUGUUGAGACUGUAAAGAUAAUUUCAAAUCUGAUUAUAUCUCUAAAUAUUUUCUUCAUUUACUUUGUUUUCAUAAUGACUUUUGACUGGAGACUUGAAAUUGAGUUUAAUUUUACUAUAAAUUCCUCAAGGUUCACACUUUAGUGAAUAAUGCAGGAAGUAUUUGUUCCUAUAUCUACGUACAUUAAUGUGUUCUUAGUUGUACUUUCCAAUGUCCGUAUUGGUAGGUGAACUGUGUGUGUGUUAUCCAACUCUUAGUGUGCAUUAAGAACCCAUUCUAUCUCUCCAUUUGAUUUUUUUUUAGAUGAUCCUGUGACAUCUGAAGUUGGUAAAUUUCACACUCCUGUUUCUCCACCUAAUUGUACAACCAAUGAUAAUAACGUUACAAAUAAUCAGAAAAGAAAUGUACUAAACACAAUCAAGAGUAAAGCUGUGAAACAUGAUGAUGACUUAUAUGAAGAAAGGACAUUAAGGGAUGGCAAAAUAUGCUCACACAAGGAACCUAAACAGACCGAAUAUCCAUCUAGUCAUAUUAAGAAAGAAUUAGCCACCUCUGAACCAGGAAAUCUCACCGACACUGACAUUUACACACCCACAGAACAUACACACAGUGAAUAUCUGUCUACGUGUAUUGAAGAAAAAUCAGACUCAUGUGAAGAAGGAAAUCUUCCAGACUGUGAUAGUUAUGAAAAAACAAAACACGCACAGACAGAAUAUUCUUCUUGUCUUGAAAAGAAAUCAACCUCAUGUGAAGAAGGAUAUUUCCCUGAUGUGGACCUUUAUACACCUAAAGAACAUACACAGACAGAAUAUCCACCUGCUCAUAUUAAGGAGGAACCAUGGGAGGAAGGAACUCUCACAGAUACUGAAAGGUAUAUUCUCCCUGAACAUACACAGAGAGCAUAUCAGCCUCCUCGGAUUAAGGAUGAAUCUGCCUUUUGGGAAGCAGGAAAUCUUGCAGACAUUCAGCCCCAUACUUAUUGUAUUGAUGUCCAUAACAUUGCCAGUGGUAGCACACAACAAGGGAAGAACAUGAAAGUACUACAUCAAAGACAAUACACCAUGGAUAAGAUCUGUAAUAGCUUUGGGGAUUGUGAGAUGUCCGCUUCCAAUUUGCAUCUUAAUAAACAUCAGAAUCAACCUAAAGGAAAUAAACGGUCUUGUUCUGAAUGUGGGAUAAAUUUCACAUGUGAAGCAGAUUUCAUUGGACAUUCAUGUUUUAAUCAGAAAUCACAUCUUCUCCAACCUCACAGGACUUACCAAGAAGAGAAAUCACUCUCCUGCUCUGAAUGUGGGAAAUGCUUUUUUAAGAGCAAAUAUCUCAUUCAGCAUCAACUCAUUCAUGCCAAAAAACAGAGUUUUUCUUGUACUGUUUGUGGAAAGUAUUUCAAAUUACAGAGUACUCUAAAGUCACAUCUGAGGAGCCACACAGGAGAGAAACCAUUUUCAUGUUCUGAAUGUGGGAAAUGUUUCAGUGAAAAAUCCUCUCUUAAUAGGCAUCAGAGGGUUCACACAGGAGAGAAACCAUUUUCAUGUUCUGUCUGUGGGAAAUGUUUUAGUUGGUUGCCUAGUCUGUAUAUUCAUAUGAGGAGUCAUACGGGAGAGAAGCCUUUUUCUUGUUCCAAAUGUGGAAAAUGCUUCCGUUGGCUCUCAAGUCUUAAUGCACAUUUAAAGAGUCAUGCAGGAGAGAAAUUAUUUUUCUGUUAUGAAUGCGGGGCAUUUUUUACAGAUAAAUCAAACCUCAUUUCACAUCAGAUGAUUCACACAGGAGGACCUGUUCAAUAAAUGUUUUUUACUAUUACACUGGCUCUGACAUCCAGUAAAUCUAUAAUUGCAUCACACAAAGCUACAUCGGGG